UCAAGUGUUUAUAACAUUUCUGUUGAAUAAAAAACUUACUUACAACCAGCAUGGAGCUUCUUAUUUUAACAACAUUCUGGGUCAUUCUCUCCAUAACUGUUAAUUGUAAUUAUAUAGCUUUGAAAGGCAAUGUUUUGCGCAACAAAGCCACAAAUAAUUACUUGAAUAGUGACAUUUCUGAAAAUGAGCUUGCUUGUGCUAGAAAAUGCAAAAAUAAUGGUGACUGUGAAGGAAUAGUGUAUAAUAGUACGGAGGGUUGGUGUGGAUUGGUUGAUGCAAAUGGUUUGGUUAAUACAUCUCAAGGACUGACUGGCACAGAAUUCGAGGUGGAAAGCCGAAUAGAGAAAAAGUGCGGACAAUGGCAGAAGGUUUUAUCUGUCGACAAGUCUGGUGGAAUAUUGUCUGGCAGUUUUUCAAACUUGAAGGCAGCAGUUCUUUCAGGCGGGAAGUUGAGAAUAAUCCUUGACAGAGCAGACAACCUCAUAUUCAGCUUUGCGAUCAAUUCUGUACUUAUCAAAGAAAACGUGGUAUGUGGACAAGCGGAAAUAUAUGUAUCAAACACCAACAGAUGGACGGCUUAUCUCCUAUGUACAAACGGCCAUAUUCAUUGGUUGCGAACCUUCAUGGACCAUACAGAAAGUGAACUGUUCAGUUACUACACCAACUACAACAAAACUGACUGGUUUGUGUUUGAAGAUGCAUAUCUGCAAGUUAUUAGGGACAACAGUAAGCCAUACAUUACAAUGAAUCGGAUUCACGCGUUUUCCGUGACUGCUGUAGAAACAAUUGACACAUUUAUGAAAGUUAAUUACCACACUCAUACAGAUAUUUUUCAUUCCGAUGAACACGUAGAGGUAACAUCGUUUUUCAAAAUCGGUUCGACGUUUACAGGCAAUGAUUUUAACAUCUCUGAAAAUUCGUCUUGGAUCACUACUAAAUAUAACUUUUCGAAGAAUAUAGAAGAAUUCAGGUGUACAAUAAGCGGCAACAAUGCUUGUCAACAUAGCGAAAGUGCAGUUAAUCAAACGCUAUACGUCGAUGGCAAUUGGGAAAGUAUAUUUAUCCAUACUUCUGAAGGCAAUACGGUGUUUGGAUCUUUACAGAGUCUAAGAGAAGAGGUAUUGAAUGGACAUAGGAUAUUACUUUAUUUUAGUGACAAGGUAAGACAGCCAGACAUUGUUAUUCUCGACGAAGAAAGUAUUACGACGGUCUUCUCGUUGUAUCCACUGAAACAAUCCGAUUCCGUCCAAGCUACUGUACUAUGGGAAAUGAUUUCCACUACCGGAAAAUAUGAAAAAGUGGAAUUUGAUUUUAUGACAGGAAAUGUACUUAACAUAACCACAGGAACAAGAGAAUGUUCUUGGCAUAUAGACAAGGCAACGUGGACUAACGUAUUUGAUUCUGAAAGUAAUACAACCGAAAAAUUAGUCACUGCUAUCCAGUCUGGUUCCAGUUCACGUAUCAAAUCAAAAUGCUUGAAUAUCAACGACAGUUCGAUUUUGUUUACUUGUUUUUAUGACGUGAAUAAUCUUUAUUUGGACAUAUCUACUUCGGACAUAAAAGCAAGGAAUAAUGUGUACCCAUAUCCUACAAUUGGGGAUACUGGACUGAACUUUUCAAUGGAUGCAAAUCCGGUAUGGAUGAAUUUAAUAACAUCUACAAAAGGUAAUGUGAGGAGAAAAUUAUGGAAUCAUAGAAGUCCAUCAUUUGAAAGUGUCUUUGUGGUAUACGAUCAUGACAUUAUAUGGUUUGUUAACUGAGAAGUACACACAUGGAGCUUAAAAUUGUAACGCAAGCAGUACAAAGAGCGCUGAUUAGCGACUUCGCGAUGGUGUAACAAAUUUUAUAUGAACUUUUGUUUUAGCAAAAAUCUUUCUACGAAGAAAAAAAAAGAUUACAGUAACAUAGGCCACUCUUUGAAUUACUAUAUUUCGUCCGGGAAUGAUAUUUUCAUGAAAAUCUUUCGAGAACUGCACAGCACGAGUACGUAAUAGUAAUUGUUAAAGUUUUCAGAACUAGAUGAGGCAGGAGUUUUAUAAACACCUAGUAGUUCCCUGUCCUUACUCAAAGUGUUAUUACACCGGAAGUAUACAAGCACACUGCACACGUUGGAUUUGAAAAGUGCCUCAUAAUAAUUUCAUAACAAUGUGCACAAGCUUGCAUCAUUUAUGUGAAAACUUCCUUUCAAAUGCUGACGAAAAUAUAAAGAAAUAUCUUGUUAAUAUUCUAGAAUAUUCAUAUCAAUAUAAGCUACAACAAGAUGCUUUGAUGACGCAGAAUGCAACUAAGCAAAAUAACAGCAGACUCUCAAAUGCACUGAAUACCCUUAAACAGAAUGUUUAAGUUAAAAUGCCAAAACAUCUUAAAGAAGACCGUUUACAAAAUAACCCAAAAUUAUUACGUUGUGUUGCUAUGACUUUGAACAUGUGAAACAUUGCCAGUUUGUAUCUUGUGUUAGCCACCACUCAAUGUGUGAUUAUUUUGUGUCACUAUUUAGAAAGUCAGUUGUAUUCUGCAGCAUUUUUAUCCAUCCUGUUACAUGAUGAAAUAAACCGGCAACAAUAUAACCUUUAAUGUGUUUUUAAAUAUCGACAAAUGCAAACGUCAUUUUUUUUUACAAUACUUGUAAAAAUAUCACAUUUUAGGAUAAAAAGUAUGAUCAUUUCUACUAUAUUUUGAUGGCUUUCCAUUAUUUUAUCCCUGUCAAAUUUUGACAGAUUUGAAUGAAAAUUAGACAUAAAGUCUGAUGAUUAUUUUAUAUAACAACGAUAAGUAUAUGAAAUAAAUUCAAUUAGACGUAACGGUUACAGUAUGCAAAUAAUCAGUAUAUUCUAAGUAAGCAUUAGACUCUGAAAGUAUCGGAGUGAUGAGCAUUAAAUUAUUAUAUAAUGAUUUUCAACACCGUUUAUUUCCAAGAAAUGAAGCAUUUUCAUCAAUAUUUUUAAUAUCAACGUGUAGAUUUCAUAAUUGUCUUAACAUUAUUGAAGAAAUCGCAUUAAUGGAUGAAGAUACAUUAAAGUCGAUAAUUUUCAAAAGAAAUAAUAAGUAUCAUUUUACAAGUGAAAAUGAAUAGGCAUCAAAAUGAUUUUUCUCUUUACAACGAGAAAUAUGCACUUAUUUCUUCGCGUAUUGAUAUUGGGCCGCUAAUGUCACGCAAAAAAUCUCCACGACAGAACUUGUGCAUAGUUCUCGAUCUAUUAAAUGUACGCUUGCAGAAUUGUACCCACUGUCAGAAUGAGAGCAUAUAUUCUAACCUUUGAAGUCCCAAAAUUGUUUAAUCACGCAGAUUGCACUACAAGCCAUAUGUCAAUCAUCACAAAGUUGCACUUAUUUGUGACUUUAUUUUUUGGCUACCGUAUAGCAACUGUCUCCACACAACUGUUAUCAUUGUUAUGUUUUAUUUAGCUUAACUGGCAUUAUGUUUGUCUCAACUGAGUUUGAUAAUUAAACUUUGUCAUUUAUAUCUAAAUUGCAUAUCCAUUUCUUAUGUAUUGUAAUGUUAAGGCACAGCUCUUGAUAUCUUUCUUUACUGAUGGUAUUCAAAUGUUUUUGUUAUGAAAUUCAAUACAAGAAAACAUACUGGUAUCAAUAUAUUGUGUUUACUUAAAAGAGCGUCAUUUUAGUAAGCUUAAUUCAAAUAAAAAUCUUUAUUUUACACAUUUUAGCUUUUUUCUGUUUAAAAUGCUUCAAAAUAAGAAAACACUAAUCAUUCUUUUUAUUUAUAACGAUAUCUGACUCUUAAGGUAGUUAUGCACGUUUGAAGCAAACAUUCAGCCAUAUUUUUUCAAAACAUAUAAAAUGAUAGGGUCUCGUGCUUGAUUUUGUGUGAGACUUGAAAAUAGAAGUCCUGCGGUAAAUUUUCACAACGUUCUUUUAUGAGAAGAGUUUGCUUUUGAAGACCUUUUCUUGUACAGAAAAUUUUUUCACAAAGUAGAGUUUGAAACAGAGUUGUAGAGUUAACUAUUUUUAAUCAUACGGUCAAAUAAAAUGUAUAUGAUCGUGUGCUUUAAAUUUCAUAAUUUGCCAUAUGUCAAUUAUAGUUCUUAUAUUGCAGCUUAUCUCGUGUUAUUUUCUUGAAUUAUUUUACAUCAAUACCUGUUGUCAAAAGUCAGUAGCACUGACUGUUUAGUAUGGAAUGCCGUGACUGUCUUAUAUGGACUUUUUUCAUGUUAUUCAUUCGUUUUAAGAAUAUAUAGGUUCAUGCGCUCAUUAUUGGAAAAUGCAAUAUAUGGAACCGUUUCGUCUUAUAUGGAACCAACUUUUCAUUAUAUGAGAGCAAAACAUUAUUAAAAAGAUUCGAUUUUCUUUUAUAUGCAUUCAAAAUAUAUGGAAACGUUUCGUCUUUGUAUGGAACCAACUUUUCAUUAUACGAUAGCAAAAACAUUAUUACAUAGAUUCGAUUUCCCUUUAUAAAAUUAUAUGCAUUCAAAAUGUAAUUUAUCCUUCCCUUAUAUAAGAUAUAUAGAGGAUAUUUGUUUGUUUCAGUGAAAUAUCAAUUUUAUUUCACAAGUGAGCAUCAAAACCUGAUAUUUUCACGAGUGGCGUAGCCACGAGUGAAAAUGACUUUUUUUGGUGCUCACGAGUGAAAUAAAAUUGAUAUUUCACUGAAACAAACAAAUUUUCUUUUUAUUUCAUGUGUAAAACUCUACUUUUGUUGCGUAAUAAUUAUAAAAUGUCGAAAAUCGCGGGAAAGGUCAGCAGAAAGCAGAACACAAAUGACGUCAUUUUAACGACGUUAUCGUCAUUAUGGUCCCCGAUAUUCAUAACGCUUGUUAUACAAUUUGACUUCAAUCGCGGCGGAGGACCGGAACUAGUUCGGCAAAAACAGUGAAAAAUAAAAAUGAUAAUCUGCUGUUUCAAAACUGUGGAUUAUCACUUUUAUUUCACUGAGAAAAUUCUAUAAUUCACUGGAAAACAUAAAAUAAAGCACAAUAUCGGCCUGCCUAAUAAACUUUGCUUUAUCUAGUCAGUGUAAAGAUAUCACUUUUGUGGGAACUUUUGAAAUCACUUAUAUUAUCAAAAUUUUGCAUUUAAACCAUCACCAUUGUAUUUAAAAUGUCUCAACUUAGAAAAUGAGUGGUCAAAUCAAAGGUUUUUAUCCUGAAACAAAAAAAGUUAUUGCUAUUUUUCACUUUUACAGCACUUCAGCCGGAAAUUUUGAAAACAAUUUUUUUCCGAAUUUUUCAUUGAAACUGUUAUCAUUGUAUUGGAAAUGUUCUAACUAAGAAAAUAAGUGGUAAAAUCAAAAGUUUUUAUCCAGGAACAAAAAAGUUAUUGCAUUUUUUCAAUUUUCCACAAACUGAAUUACACUAGCAAACGUCAUAUUAGACGUCAAGUCUGCACGCUGUUGCUCUUUCCAACGACUUUUUCCCAAUUUUCUGAACAGGUAGGAUAAAUAGAAUAUUAGAUUACUGUCUGAAAAAAAUUAAAUUUAUUAGGCUCGUCUACGAAAUAAUAUAAGGCUCGGCAGUGCCUCGCCAAAUAUAUUUUCUUCAACUCGCCUAAUAAAUUUAAAUUUAUCAGACAGUAACCUAAUAUUCUCUAUAUAUGGAACCGUUCUGUCUUUAUAUAGAUUAAACUGUUCAUUAUAUGAUAGUAAAACAUUAUUAUAUAGAUUCGAUUUCCCUUUAUAUGCAUUCAAAAUGUAAUAUGUGGAACCGUUCUGUCUUUAUAUUGAACCAACUUUUCAUUUCUUUAUAUUUUAUAUGCAUUCAAAAUAUAUGGAAACGUUUCGUCUUUAUAUGGAACCAACUUUUCAUUAUACCAUAGCAAAUGUUAUUAUAUAAAUAAGAUUUCCCUUUACAUGCAUUCAAAAUGUAAUAUAUGGAACAGUUCUGUCUUUAUAUGGAACCAACUUUUCAUUAUUUGAUAGUAAAACAUUAUUAUAUAGAUUCGAUUCCCCUUUAUAUGAAUUCAAAAUGUAAUAUGUGGAACCGUUCUGUCUUUAUAUGGAACCAACUUUUCAUUUCUUUAUAUGAUAGCAAAUAUUAUUAUUUAGAUUUGAUUUCCCUUUAUAUGCAUUCAAAAUGUAAUAUAUGGAACCGUUAUGUCUUUAUAUGGACUCAACUUUUCAUUAUACGGUAGCAAAACAUUAUUAUGUAGAUUCAAUAUCCCUUUAUAUGCAUUCAACAUGCAAUAUAUGUAACCGUUCUGUCUUUAUAUGGAACCAACUUUUUAUUAUAUGAUAGCUAAACAUUAUUAUAUAGAUUCGAUUUCCCUUUAUAUGCAUUCAAAAUGAAAUAUAUGGAACCGUUCUGUCUUUAUAUGGAACCAACUUUUCAUUAUAUGAUAGCAAAACAUUAUUACAUAGAUUCGAUUUCUCUUUAUAAGCAUUCAAAAUGAAAUAUUUGAAACCAUUCUGUCUUGUAUAGUUAAUUGGUUAUUGAUCGAUUGUGUUGCUCAUUCACAAAGCAGAAAAAAACAGCUUCUUUUUAGUAAUUUUCUCAACUUUUAUGACGGAUUUUAUUUUCUGAAAUCUUGAUGUUGAAGCAGUUCAUGAAAGUUAUUAAAAAUG